GAGGCGCCAAAAACAACAACAACAAUUAAACGCCAAAGAAGAGCAUCUCCGUUCAAAACAACAUAAAAAGUUACAGCUCCCGUCUUGCUAAAAUGUCUCAAAGUAUCGCAGACAAAGACGACCACAUGCCUGACAACAAAAAGGGCAUUUCCCUGCCUAUUUCCAGAGUUCGCUUGAUUAUGAAGAGCUCACCGGACGUGUCCAAUAUUAACCAGGAAGCGCUUUUCCUCACCACCAAGGCAACGGAGCUGUUUGUUCAACACUUGGCGCUGUCUUCAUUCAACAACAGCCAAGGAAAGGAAAGCAAUAGUUUGUCAUACAGUGACUUGGCCAACGCUGCUGAGGAAAUGGAAACAUUCCAGUUUCUAACAGACAUCCUACCCAAAAAAAUUCUGGCAUCCGAAUACCUCAAGUCUUUGGAGCAGAUGCAAGAAGAAGAAGAAGCAGAAGAAGCUGACUUGUAAAACAAAAUGGCUACCAUGUCUGGAACAGAUGUGAUGAACUUUUUACCCCCAGACUGAUAGGAGUCGCGCCAAAUUGUGACCACUUAGCGGCACAAACUGGCGACGCCAUACCACGAACUCGGCGCUCACGUGAAUCGACCCUCGCAAAACGAUAGACGUCAAAAUCCCGUGUCAGCAGCGAAAAGAGCUCAGUCGCAUCACUUUACAGCUGAAAUACUUGAAAUUUGUUGUUUGGAAUAUUUUUCCACAUGUAGUAAGUACUCGAAAAGCUGUACUUAUUGUAUAUUUUUUUGUUUAUUAAAUCUGAAUCAUUUCAUAUUACGUUU